AUGGAUUAUGGGGGUGAUACAGGUGUGGAGCAUGUUGGAGGAGACAUGUUUGUGAGUGUGCCAAAAGCAGAUGCAGUUUUCAUGAAGUGGAUCUGUCAUGAUUGGAGCGACGAGCACUGUUUAAAAUUCUUAAAGAACUGCUACGAUGCGCUCCCGGAGAAUGGGAAAGUGAUAGUCGCGGAGUGCAUUCUUCCCGAUGCCCCCGACUCCAGCCUUGCCACCAAAGGAGUUGUGCACAUUGACGUCAUCAUGUUGGCGCAUAACCCCGGCGGCAAAGAGAGGACGGAGAAGGAGUUUGAGGCCUUGGCUAAGGGUUCUGGAUUCCAAGGCUUCCGAGUAUUGUGUGAUGCUUUCAACACCUAUGUUAUGGAGUUUCUCAAGAAGCCAUUCUAAUUAAGUCCCUUGCAUUUUGGAAUACACAUGUUUUAAUUUUCUUGUUGGAUUGGAUUUUUGACGUUUUUUUUUUUUUUUUUUUUUCUCUCCGUAUUAACAAGUGGUUUUAUUAAUGUGUAUUGGAAAAAGUAAUUGUUUUCAUGUUGCUUGUCAUAUGUAAUAAAAUUUCGAUGAAUUUACUGAA